ACAUGGUGGUGGACAUUAGAAUAUUGUUCACUUUGUGAUGCAGAUUAGUUUUUUGCCAGCUCUUUGUCUUCGUGCGUAGCUGUUGUCUCUCUAAUCUGACUUGAUAGAACUCAGCCUCUAUUGUAAUUUUCUGUCGGAGAUCGUUUGGAUCUCCUCAAAGAAUGUGGCUCAUCGAUCUAUUCUGACGGUUUGGAAAUUUACCGUUGUCAUGGUACACUGAAGCUGCGGAUGAACUGAGCUGUCUGGGAAAGAGCAAUAUCGCAAAAUACCUCGAUUCCUCGAUGUUGCUGGUAUAAAGAAACGGCAAUUUCGCAAUGGCUGACGAUCUGUGAGCUUAUUUCAUUGAAUGGUUGCCAAGUGAGGUUCUCUUUAAGUCGUGAUCAACCAAAAGUUUUGAAACAGUCGAGUGGUGGUUUUCUUAGCGAAAUCAUUGGUUUUAACCAGCUGUUCUUUACAAGACUUAAUGAAUCCCUUAAUGCUUUUAUAUCAACCAUUGAGAACUGAUUUUUAUGUACUCUUCAGUAAGUUGUAUUUACAUAGACAAUGAACUCCUCCCGUCAAACAAUAACUCAAUAUUUCGACGUUUAAAUGUAUUUUUAAAGAUUGAUUACUACUUAUUCUGUUUGUGCCCAUUGGAGUUUCGUUUACUGGCAUUUUGUGGUAUCCAAAAGCUGUCUCCAAAGGGUAAAAACCUUUGAAAAGAAGCAGGCUAACAUUUUUCAACAAUGUCACGAAUGAGGACUGGUUUGAGGGCAACAGUGCCUACAAGACAUUCUCCAACUAAAUUCCCCCCAGUUAGCAAUGGUUUGAGGUCAAGUUCUUUACCAGGGAGUGCCAGCAGGAGAGAUCCAGAAUGGGCAAGUGAUAUGAUAAGGGGGGUUCAGUUAAAAACAGCAUCUAAGACACCUUUGGUAGCUGCAAAUUCUCCUCGAAAGACUCCAGCAGGCCUUGAGGAGGUUAAAACAACUACCUCACUAAAGCAGCAUGAAGAAAGGAUGUUUUCCAGUUCUCAACAAAGUAUGCGGGAAAGUGCCAAAGAUAAAGAAAUUGAGAAGCUGAAGUUAAAAAUCUUAUCUCUUCAAAAGCUCAUUGAGCAGCUUCGCACUGAAAUUAAGGAGAAAACCAACAAAAUGACAGAAUUGGAGGAGAAGCUCAAAGCACAGGAGGCUGAGUUUGAAGAAAAGAUCAACAAAAUAAGAGCCAUUAUCAGUGAAAAAGAGAAAGAACUAGAUAAGAAGACAAAAGUUAUAAAAAGCAAAGAUUUAGAAAUAAAUGAACUGAAGGACAGCUUUGAGAAAGAAAAGGAAGGGAUUACAAAACAGUUUGAACUUGAAUUGAAUGAGUUAAAAGAGCAACAUCUUAGGGAGCUAACUGAGCGUGACGGAAAAAUGAAAGUCCUAAAGAUGCAUAUGGCUGAUGCUCUAAAGGAUAAUUCCAGGGAGAGGCAAGUACAGCUUGAAGAACUCACAAAGGAGCUUAAAAGAGUAACAGAAGAAACUGAUGUUUUGAAAUCCAAAUUGCAGACAAUGAAAUCAUCAAAUCAGGGCAAGUGUCCAAACUGUUUUGUGAUGGAGAAACAGCUCCAAUCAAAAAUUCUUGAACUAAGAGACAAAGAAGUUGUAACCAUUGAGAUGCAGCAGUUGUGUGCAAAAAUGGAACAGCAACUUGUGCAACAGGACCAACUUUUGCGUCAGUGGGCAAAAAAUAAAGGAAAGCCAGUCAGGUGAUAGAAGAGGGUGCACAUAUCUGAUGUAGAUACAGUUGGUGACCACUUAGAAAAUUUGACUGCCCAAAAAAAUAUGAAUCCCCAUGCAACAACUUUUUAUUUAAUUUAGCUAUGUAGAAUAUUAGGUGUGUAAUAUAAAAGCUCUUUAUAACAAUAGAAUUAAAGUAUUUUGAGAUUAUAACCCUGUCUAGUACCUGUCUAAGACUUGGAAAGGUUGGAAACUGGCUGUCACUUGAAAGGCGCAAUGUGGACAUAAAUUGGGUAGGUUUCCUACUUAAUUUCAGCCUGUUAACAGCUAGUGGUUUCAAGAAGUCUUUGAAACUAACAGUACAGCUUUGUCUGGACCUAUCUCUUUCAUAAUUUUUCAUCAAAAUCCAACAAAUCUACCACCCACAAUACAUGCAGAAUGCCUUAAUCUCUUUUUCCAAUGGAUUUUGUCCUUUCUUUAAAGAUAAGCUGUCAACUUACUUUAUGAUAUUUAUACUCUGGAGAGAUGAUUCCUGAGUGAAGAGUGAGGAAAGGGUUUUAUUUUAAAUUAUUGUAAAAAUACAGAAAGAAGGACAGACCAAAUAAGGAUAGUGUUUAAAAGAAAAGUAUCUCAAGAUGGUUAUUCCUUACCAUCCUUGAGUUAUGGGGUGGUUUUUUAUAUGCAUAUAUUUAUUGGCAAAAUAAUGCAUUGAAUUUCUUGAAGCAGUGAUAAAAUCAGUAGGAUUAAUGGGACUAAGAUGGAGCCUUCCUGAAGACAGACAAUAUGUCUGAUACAUUAGCUGUAGACAAAGCUUGAUCCUCGUUGUAUAAAAGAGAUCAGUUAUUUUCAUUGUUAUUAGAAACAUCUUAAAUUGAGGUGCUCUGAGAGUUUUAGGGUUGGUGUUAAUGAUAGUUCAGGAAUAAGAUCAGUGUAAAAUAUUCUCCAUGAGUGGCAAUAAAAUACAGAUUUUUGUUUG